CUGUCUGCGUGUCCCCAGCGAUGCUGAGCCUCCGUGAGCCUUAGGAGAGACCUGCUGAACGACUGACUGCAAAGCACAGAGGAAACCUCUCUGGCCUUGGGACAGGGCCCCACCCCUCCCUGUCCUCCCACCUCUGACUUCACAGCACCCGCAGGGUCUUCAAUGCCCACUGUGACUUCACGCAUUUGGCCUGUGAAAGGCAAUCAGCUGGCCGUCCAGGGCUACCAGGUCCUUCACGUCCGCUGGGACUUCCAGGACCACAAGCCCUUUUGCUCCCACCAUGUCUUCUCCACCUACGAGAACCUCACAGCCCAGCGGGUCUCUGGCAUCCACCGGACCCUCGAUGCCCACAGUGUCUCCCAUGCUCCCUCCCUCCACAAAGGCUACUGAGUCGGCAAUGCCCAACGGCUCUUCGGUGCCCACCACGCCAUCCACUGCCCCCACCUCGGUCACGAGCCCCAGCGGUUCCAAGUCCACCAAAUGGGAACGCACAAAGACAGCCCCUUCUAACCAGCCCUGCAGCAGGUCGAGAACCAGGGCGAGGACACCUAGCAAGGCCAGCACUGACACCAGGGCCAGCACUGCCAGCAAGGUGAGCGGAGUAAGGCGCCGCCAGCGGAAGGGCACACGUAGCCGGGGCAGAACUCCUGGCAGAAGGGGAGGCCGCCGCUCCAAGAAGUCACCCAGCAAGGUGAGAACGACUUCCCAGCAAAAAGAGAAAGGGAGGAAAAGUUACAGCCGGCCUAGAACCAGCAGCCGGGACAGGAGUAAGAGCCAGCGUAGAAAUAUGAACAGAGAGAAGAGUCACAGCCCGCCAGGAACCUCAGGUAUGGGGACGAGUUCCAGGCUGGCUGUCACCGCCAGCAGGGCAAAGAGUUACAGCUCCACCAGAAGUUCCUUCAAGGAGAGAGGCUAUAGCCAGUCUCCAUCAUGGAGAAGGGUGAAGAGUUACAGUCAGAUAAUCACCCUCCGCAGAAAGUGGAUUUAUAGCCCAAACAAGAUAGCCAACAUCCUCAAGAGUUAUAAGCAGGGUAGUGCAUCCAGCAGGACCCGAAGCCAUUGCCGGUCUAGAACACCCAGAAGGGCCAGAAGCCGCAGUCGGAAGAGGACCCACAGCAGGGCGAGAAGUCGUACCCGGAAGGAAACUUCCAGCCACAUGAGAAGACACAGCCAGUCUAGAAGGCACAGCCACGAAAAAAGUCAACACCAAUCUCGGACCCCCACGAGGGAAAGAAGUCACAGCCGGUCUGGAAGCCUCAGCAAGAACAGAGGCCACAGACAAUCUAGAACUCUCAGCAAGGAAAGAGAUCAUAGCCAAUCGGGGACCUCCAGGGAGGAAAGAGAUGACAGCCGACCUGGAACCCCCAGAGAAGAGAGACAUCACAGCCGAUCUGGAAGCUCCAGUAAGGAAAGAGAUCACAGCAGAUCCAGAAGCUCUGACAUGGAAAGAGAUCACAGCCGAUCUAGAAUCCCCAGGAGAAAGAAAGAUCACAGUGGAACUAGAAGCCCCAGAAGGGAGAGAGGCCACAGCCAAUCUAGAACCCGCAGGACGGAGAGAGGUCGCAGUCGAUCUAGAACCCCCAGAACGAAGAGAGAUCACAGCCAAGCCAGAACCCCCAGCAAGACAGCGCACAGCCAGUCUAGAACCUCCCCAAAAGAGAGCAACCACAGCCAGUCUAGAACCUCCCCCAAAGAGAGCAACCACAGCCAGCCUAGAACCUCCCCCAAAGAGAGCAACCACAGCCAGCCUAGAACCUCCCCCAAAGAGAGCAACCACAGCCAGCCUAGAACCUCCCCAAAAGAGAGCAACCACAGCCAGCCUAGAACCUCCCCAAAAGAGAGCAACCACAGCCAGUCUAGAAGCCCCACCAGAAGCCUCAGCUGGAAGGGAUCCCCCAGCAGGGCAGAGAGCCCCAGUCGGAACAGAACACCUAGUGAGACAAGCAACCAUUCCCCCUCAAGAUCUCUCAGCGAAGCUCCAAUCCCAAGCCAGGAUGCUAUUCAAGCCAACGCCACCACUUCUAAGGCCGCCUCACCUGGAGAGAGGUCCUCCUCAUCUUCUUCCAAGCUGGCGUAG